CCAAAUAUAGUCCGAACAGAGUUGCGCGACUUGAUUUCGAGUAAACGUAUCCGAAAUGGCGUACACCUGUGCUGUCAAUAAUUGUUCUCAAGGGUCAUAUUGGCUGAAUAAAUGGAAAUCUCAGCUGUGUGAGACAUGUGGAUGCCUUCGUAAAGAUCGAAGAUGUAAAUGUGAACCACCUUUUCGAUUGUUCCCUUUUCCUACAAAGAUAAGAAAGCCGGAGUUGAGACAGAAAUGGAAACAGUUGGUCGGAAGGAAAGAUGGAAGCAAGCUGUGGUCGCCUUCAAAGGACAGUCGCGUCUGUUCCAAGCAUUUUAUCGAAGGUGAACCCACACUGAAAAAUCCUGUACCAACCGAGAAUUUGGGGUAUACAGAGGCAUGCAAGCGUGUUAAACGGAUGGCUCUUUUUGAAGCAACAUCAGUUAAGCCAUGUAGAAAGAGAAUUAAACUGGCUGAAGAAUCUACUAAAAGAAACCAAAAACGUUUGGACUUUGAAGCGGUUUCAAUGAAUUCUGACAUGGAAAGCGCAAGAAUUGAAACAGAAUCAACAGAUCCUGAGGUAGAAACUCUUCCGAAGUCCCAGACCACUGUUCCUGUGAUAUUUACGCUUUUGGCUAUGUUUAUUGGACUUUUCAAUUACAUUUACGAACAAAGUAACAAAAUCGCAAAGCUGCAGGCAGAAAUUGAAAUUCUUAAACAUGAAAAUAAAAAAUUCAGAAAGAACUUCACAGACAAAAUAUUGAAAACUAACGAUGAUGUAAACUUUUACACAGGUCUGGGAAGCAGGAGUCUAUUUGAUAAGUUACAUUCUGUUAUAUCGCCAUUAGUCAACAGGCGUUGGAUCGGUGUAGUUUCUGUUGUGAAAAAAGUGCGCAACUUUAGACCAAAAACUCGUUUAGGACCUGCGCGAAAACUGACAUCAAAAAGCGAAUUUAUGAUGAUGCUUAUGAAAUUAAGACUUGGUCUUUUAAACAAGGACUUAGCGAAACGUUUCAAUAUUUCUGAAUCAUUGUGCUCAAAGGUAUUUUUUGCCUGGCUGCGUGCAUCCUUCUCAGUUUUGCGUUCCCUUGUCUAUAUUCCAGACGAAGAAGCAUUGAUUGGUUCUAAGCCUGAACGGUUCAGGGAUUUGCCAGAUUUACAUUCCAUUAUUGAUUGUACUGAACUUUUUAUAGAGACACCAAAAGACUUAUUUUUACAGAGCCAGUCAUGGAGUGACUAUAAACAUCACAAUACACUGAAAAUUCUAGUGGCCUGCUCCCCAAACAGUUCAAUAAUUUAUGUAUCUCCUGCUUAUUUAGGGCGCGUUUCAGAUAAAGCACUAACUUUAGACUGUGGAUAUCUUGACAAAAUACCCAGUAACUGUAUGAUCAUGGCUGACAAGGGAUUUAACUUAAGUGAUGAAUGUGCUGAUAGAUGUAUUACAUUAUAUGUGCCCCCGGGCAAGAGAGGACAUUCCCAGAUGACUAGUGCAGCUGUAGGGAAAACUAAACGAAUUGCUAACAGAAGGAUUUUAAUUGAGCAAGUGAUAAGGCGCUUGAAAACAUUUAGAAUUUUGGCAAAUGAAAUUCAAAUUUCUACUUGCGGACAUAUUGAUGAAAUUAUAGGAGUAUGUGCAGCCCUUAGUAAUUUCAAACCUCCUAUUUAUAAGAGUUAAAAGACAUGUAACAAAAUGAGAUUAUUGUAUCGAACUAGAGUUUGCGUUCAGAAUGUGGAAUGAAAUUUCUAAAAUGUUAACCUGUUACCCUUACCAUGCUAAAUUCAUAUAAUGAACUUGUCCAUCUUCAAAUUUGCAUAGUACCAUGAACUGUUAAAAUGGCUGCUUGACUGAAUGGUGAACAGUGCAGAUCAUGAUCAAACUGCACAGAUGUACAGGCUGAUCAUGAUCUACACUGGUCGCAAAGACAGAACCAAUCAUUUCCAGCAUGGUAAGGGUUAAGAGUAUUGUCCAGACUGAAUCUGCUGAUCACUGUACUUAAUUAUACAAAAACAUGUUUAAAUUAAAAUUUUAAAACUUACAGAAUGUGUAUUGGUCAA